UGUCUUUAUAUAUCUGUGGAAGCCCCACCUUUCCCCCUUCGUCUCUCGCGUGUCUCUCUCAAUAACGACGAAGAAGAAGAACAGGAGGAAGAAAGAAGGAAGAAGAAAAUGUCUAGCAACGAAGACCUUGUUGAGGAUAUGGUUUCCAAUGGAGAUUCAUUUGAAAAAGUGAAGCAGAGGCUCAAGGACCGAUCUAAGAAAGUGGCUCAAACCAAGGAAAUGUUAUCAAAACAAGCGAAUCAGACCAAGGAGAUCUUGUCUAAACAGGCUGUUAAGAUUGCAAAACAAGCCGAGGAACAUCAGAGCUUUCUUAGUAAGGUGACUCAUCUUCUUGGUGUUCUUGGUUUUGGGGGAUUUUGCUUCCUCCUGGGUGCAAGGCCUCAGGACAUUCCAUAUGUAUACUGUUUGUUCUAUGUCAUAUUUGUUCCUCUUCGGUGGAUAUACUAUAGGUUCAAGAAAUGGCAUUAUUAUCUUCUGGACUUCUGUUAUUAUGCCAAUACAAUAUUCUUGGUCGACCUUCUUUUAUACCCAAAGAAUGAAAAGCUUUUCAUGGUUUGCUUCUCAUUUGCUGAAGGGCCAUUAGCAUGGGCAUUGAUUGUUUGGCGUUGUAGCUUGGUUUUUAGUUCUGUUGACAAACUUGUCAGUGUUCUUAUUCAUCUUUUACCUGGUUUAGUUUUCUUCACUAUAAGGUGGUGGAAUCCUGCAACCUUUGAAGCCAUGCAUCCUGAAGGAAGUUCACGAAGAGCAUCAUUUCCAUAUGUAGUAGAAGACAAAUCCUUCCUGUUAACUUGGCUGUUCUUGGUUCCCUUAGUUGCUUAUACCCUGUGGCAAGUUCUUUAUUUCCUCAUUGUCAACGUCCUACGUCGGCAGAGGCUACUUAGAGAUCCUGAAGUCAUGACUUCUUACAGGGAGCUCUCGAAAAAGGCGCAAAAGGCAAACAAUGUAUGGUGGCGCUUAAGUGGUUUGCUUGGGGAUCAGAACCGCAUGUUCAUGUACAUUCUGUUACAAGCUAUAUUUACUGUGGCAACUACGGCACUCACUGUCCCUAUCUUUUUGUCAUAUGAACUACAUGCGGUCUUCCAAAUACUCAAGGUUUCUGCAGCUGUAUGGAAUGGAGGAAGCUUUCUGCUAGAUGUAAUGCCAAGACAGGUGAUUCUCAAAGAGAAGAAAAAAUCAGAGAUGCAGCCAGCACCUAUCCAGCAAGAUCAAUCCCCAAAUGUGAUGGAGAACACAGUGCAUACCAUUGAUUCUUCUGGGGUGGGGUGCGCUGCCGCGGAGUCCUAACGGCCCUGGAUCGAUAGUUUUCUGACAAUUGUAACAAACCCGUCUUACUCUAGAACUUUGUGUCAAAAAAGUAGCUGCCUUAGCUCUCAAUAGUUCAAAUUGUACUAGUGCUGAAAAUGAAUUUCAAUAACUUCUUUUACUUGGUAAAAAUUGCAGUUUUUCUUUUUUUC